UAUUCUGGCAAGGCCAGACAGGGGCCUUCCAUUUUCCAACUCAGUCAGACCAAUAAAUAGCUGCCACGUCAUAAAUUAAAGUCCAAGCCCUUACCUGAAUUUACAAAAAAUACCCCUCAUGAUUACAAUAAUGCCCCCUGUUUCAAAUCUCGGAGCUCACGGCAGUCUCCUGACCGUUUCUCUUUCUAAGACGCUGGCUCUCUCUCGCUCUAGGGCAGGAAUCUGGUACUUUUCAUUGCAAAGCUCGGGUUUCUUCUCCACCAACGAAACCGCCCCGGAAAGGUGGUUGUUCCACGAUUCUUAACUUACACCAGCCUCCAUGGCUUCUUGAGAUCCCAUUCUUCUCUUCUAUGUCUCCGACCCCUCUCCCUUCUCUUCUCCUCUGCCCCCACAUCGUCUCUUGGUCCGCACAGUUUCAUACUCCCGCCUUUGACUGCGUCGCAUUUGGUAGAUAGCGCUCUCUGCAUUCGAUCAGUGAUGGAGAUUUCGUAUUGGGUCUUGGCGUUCUGGAUCUUUCUUUGCCUUUUCGCAUCUGGGUCUUCUUCGAUUGAGAAUUUUCGUCAAGCGUUUCCUAUUGUGGAACCUGAUCCUGGUCACACAAAACUUCGUCUUGCAAGGGAGGGCUUGGAGGCAAUUGAGAGAAUAACAACUCCGAUUGCAGCUGUUGCUGUAAUUGGUCCAUACCGCUCUGGAAAAUCUUUUUUGCUCAAUCAACUUCUCUCCCUUUCUUGUUAUGAAGGAUUUGGCGUGGGGCACAUGCGUGACACCAAAACAAAAGGGAUAUGGGUGUGGGGAACCCCUAUAGAAAUGGAUAUUGAUGGAGUAAAGAGUUCUGUGCUUUACUUAGAUACAGAGGGAUUUGAAAGUAUUGGCAAGUCAAAUGUAUAUGAUGACCGUAUUUUUGCUCUAGCGACCAUUUUGAGUUCUGUGCUUAUUUAUAACCUGCCUGAGACGAUUCGUGAAGCCGACAUUUCUCGAUUAUCAUUUGCUGUUGAGCUUGCUGAAGAAUUCUAUGGAAGGUUGCUAAAUUUCAAUUAUGUUACCGUAUUUUUGAAUGCUUUUAAUAAAGCUGAUCUUUUUCUUGUUUUUGAAUGGAUAUUGCAGGGACAAGAUGUUGCCUUUGAACCUGCUAAGCUUCUGUGGCUUAUCCAACGUGAUUUUCUACAAGGGAAAUCUGUGCAAGAAAUGGUGAAUGAAGCUCUGCGACAUGUUCCUAAUUAUGAUGGGGACAAAAACAUUGAGCAGGUUAACCAGAUUCGGGACUCUUUGGCUAUUAUGGGUGAUAAUAGUACAGCCUUUAGCUUACCACAACCUCAUCUACAGCGGACAAGGCUUUGUGAUAUGAAGGAUGGUGAACUUGACCCCGCAUAUGUUCAGAAGAGGGACCAAUUGAAAGAAGUUGUUGCUAGCAUUAUACGUCCAAAGAUUGUGCAGGGUAAACCUCUAAAUGGAAAGGAGUUUGUCUCUUUUAUGGAGCAGAUACUUGAAGCCUUGAAUAAAGGGGAGAUUCCUUCAACAGGCUCUCUUGUGGAGGUUUUUAAUAAGGGUAUUCUUGAACGGUGUUUGAAGCUAUAUAGUGAAAGGAUGGGUAAAGUGGCAUUACCUCUCUCAGAGAAAUAUCUUCUAGAGGCCCACGAAGGAUCUCGAGGUGAAGCAAUGAAUGUUUUUGAUGAGCAACAUUUUGGUCGUUACCAUGCUAAGAAAUCAGUCACAACACUUGACGAAGAAAUACAGAAGAUAUAUAAAAACUUCAUUCUAGCAAAUGAAUACCAAUCGUCGAAGCUGUGUGAGGCAUUGUAUACUAGAUGCGAGGACAAAAUGGACCAGCUUCAAGUCCUUAGACUUCCUUCCAUGGCAAAAUUUAAUGCUGGGUUCCUUCACUGCAACCAAAGUUUCGGAAAGGAGUGUGUUGGACCUUCAAAGACCAACUAUGAGCAGCGAAUGACAAAGAUGAUGCAGAAGUCUCGAUCUCUAUUUAUUAAGGAGUAUAACCACAGGCUCUUCAAUUGGCUGGUGGCCUUCUCCCUCUUCAUGGUGGUGGUGGGCCGGUUUGUCAUAAAAUUUAUUUUGCUUGAAAUUGGGGCAUGGAUUCUUUUUAUCUUCUUGGAGACAUACACAAGGAUGUUUUGGUCAGCAGAGUCUCUUUACUACAACCCAGUUUGGCAUUUUAUUGUAGCGACUUGGGAAACCCUUGUUUACAGCCCUAUCCUUGAUCUGGACAGAUGGGCCAUUCCCAUUUGUGUGUUAGUGGCAAUAUUAGUACUUUACUGGCGGUGUUAUGGGAGGAGAAAACAUGGGUCGCGAGGACUACUACCUCUAUACAACAACCAUAAAGGUGGCUCAAAUCGGCGGAGAUCAGACUAAAUGAACUGUGAAAAUGCAUGCUCUAAGCAAACCGGUAUGCCUUUAUUCUCUCCUGGAGCGAGCUUUUCCUUUUUAUAUGUGAAGCCCGCUGAUGAAUUUUGGUCCUUAAUAGACCCUUCCUUAUGAUCAGAAAAGUAAAGAGAUGAAGAAGAAAGGAUCAGCUGAUGGCAUUACUGGUAGUGUCUGUAACUUUAGAAACUGGAAAUUGUUGUAUAAUUGCCAUCUACUGAUCCCCUUUGAUUGUCUAUUAUUUCAAAGUGCACUUCACUUAAAAUCAGAGUCGAUCAGCAUUUGGUUCAUAGUAGCAAAGCAGUCUCUUCCUUGAAAGCCUUAUCAGCCUGGGAUCUUGAACUUGGGUCUUCAUUCUUUUAAAUUGUUUGCUAAUUAGUGUUUUUUUUUUGGUGUGUGAUAAGGAGUUGGUGAAUUUUCUCUUGUUGUGGCUGAUUAAUAUGAAAUUUCUACAGUUAUGAUUCACAA